CACACAAAUUUUAAUACUCUGUAAGUAUUAACUCCAUUUAAAAAAUAUAUUUUCUCUUUGUCAAUUUUUUUAAAUUGUGACACAAAUUACAAAAAAAAUAUAUUAAAUUUCUUUGCAUGAUAUAAAUUCAAUAUUAACAGAUUUAUUUUGAAACAUAAUUUUGAAAUAUUUUUCCGUACAUUUGCCGGCGCAUUUGCCAGGAAGAGGUGGUUCGGGCCCUCCGCGGGAUGCGUAGUGGGAGAGCUUUGGGACCAGAUGAGAUUCCGGUGGAGUUUUGGAAGAAUGUGGGUUGUGGUGCGAGGGUUUGGUUAACCAAACUCUUCAAUGUUAUCCUCCGGACAGCAAGGAUGCCUGAUGAGUGGAGGGAGAGUCUCUUGGUCCCUCUGUUUAAAGGCAAAGGUGACAUUCAGAGCUGCGAGAAUUACAGAGGCAUCAAACUGCUUAGCCACACCAUGAAGGUUUGGGAAUCGACUACAGAGGCCAUUCAUCUCGUGAGGAGGUUAAUGGAAGAGUAUAGGGCUAGGAAGAAGGACCUUCAUAUGGUGUUUAUUGACCUUGAGAAGGCGUACGAUAGGGUGUCAAGGGAGGUCUUAUGGAGGUGCAUUGAGACGAGAGGAGUUCCCAUCGUGUACACUCGCGCUAUCAAGGAUAUAUACGAUGGGGCUAUGACCAGGGUGAGGACUUCCGGGGGCGACUCUGAGUCUUUCUCAGUAGGGAUGGGGUUGCACCAGGGGUCUGCCCUUAGCCCUUUUUUGUUCGCCUUGGUGAUGGACGUCCUAACCCAAGGUGUUCAAGAAGGAGUCCCACGGUGCAUGCUUUUCGCGGAUGAUAUUGUGCUUAUCGACGACACACGUGAGGGACUUAACGAUAAGUUGGAACUAUGGCACCUUGCCCUUGAGACUAAAGGAUUCAGAAUAAACAGGUUUCGAUAUCUUGGCUCGGUGAUCCAGGCUGAUGAGGAGUUAGAUGGGGAUGUUGGACAUCGUGUUGGAGUGGCUUGGGCCAAAUGGCGAUUAGCUUCAGGGGUGUUGUGUGAUCCGAAGAUCUUGCCCAGGAUGAAAGGUAAGUUCUAUCAAUCCGUAGUCAGACCUGCUAUGUUAUAUGGUGCAGAGUGUUGGGCGGUUAAGAAGACUCAUGUGCGUCGUCUGCAUGCGGCGGAGAUGCGGAUGUUAAGAUGGAUGUGUGGGAAGUCAAGGUUGGAUAGGAUUUCGAACGAAGUUAUCCGACGUCAGGUAGGCAUGGCGCCGGUGGAAGAUAAGUUACGGGAAGCGAGGUUGAGAUGGUUUGGUCAUGUGAGACGGCGGGAUGCUGACGCCCCUGUACGGAGAUGCGAGAGGAUUACGAUUAUCAGGGGAAGUAGGGGAAGGGGUAGACCUAGGAAGAAUUGGAAGGAGGUGAUUAGGCAGGAUUUAGGACUUCUCACCCUGACUGAGGAUAUGGCCUUAGAUAGGAACCUUUGGAGAACUAGGAUUAGAGUAGCUGGAUAGGAGCUCGGUGCUGUAGCGAUUGUUUAUA